AUGUUGUCAGCUUCGUCUCUGCGAUCGAAGCUUCAGAACCUGAACGUGGACUUGUCCAAGUUCAGCGGGUCUUCUUCUGAGAAACCACAGUUCACACCGUACGACUGCGACAAGGCGAAAGUCCUCCAGGAGGCGCGGGCGUUCUCCGAGUCGCCAUUAAAUCCGAAGAAGUGCAGCCAGAUCAUCACAAAGAUUCUCUACCUUCUGUCGAGCAAUGCGGACCCGCUCACGAGUGCAGAGACCAGCACCGUUUUCUUCGGCGUCACGCGUCUCUUCCAGUCGAGCGACGAACGCCUCCGGCGCCUGAUCUACAUGCUCCUCAAGGAGUUAAGUGUACAGACAGCUGAGGGGUUCAUCGUGACCAGUUCGCUGACGAAGGACAUGACCAGCAACAGCGAUCGACACCGCGGAAACGCAGUCCGUGUGCUCUCUCGGAUCGUCGACGCCGCUAUGGUUUCGCAGAUCGAGCGGUACUUGAAGACGGCGAUCGUGGACAAGAAUCCGUUCGUAGCCUCCUCAGGCCUCGUGGCGGGGAUCAAUCUGUUCCACACAGCCCCGGAAGUUGUCCGGCGCUGGGUCAGCGAGGCGCACAGCUGCAUAUUCCAGCACGAGAACGCUCCAGUUGUCCAAGCGCAUGCACUCGUCCUGCUUCACGCUAUCAAGUCGUCCGAUCGCCUCGCGCUCCACAAGAGCCUCUGCGAGCUCCUGCAGAGGUUUCAGCGGAACCCACUCGCGGAGUGUCUCCUCAUUCGCUAUGUGAAGGACUUGCUGCUGCAGGACCUCUCGGCCGGGGACGCAAGUUCUCCUGCGUACGCCUACGCGGCGCCGCCGAGUCUCGGAGCUGGCGGAGCCUCCGACCCUUCACACCAGCGACUGCUGUUGGAUUACCUCGAGAGCUGCUUGCGCCACAAACACGAGAUGGCCAUGUUCGAGGCUGCCCGCGCGUUGUGUGAACUCGCGGGAGCCGCUGCAGACAGAGGCGACGCGGGAACUGUGUUUCAGAGCUACGACCUAUCCGGAGCUUUGACGGUUCUGCAGAUUCUCCUCACCUCGCCGAAACCGGUGGUGCGGUUCGCCGCUGUACACGUGAUCAACAAGCAGGCGCAGAAGCCGCGACUGGCCUCCGUUCUCGCGAGAUGCAAUGCAGAGCUCGAGCCGCUGCUGUCAGAUCCGAAUCGAAGCAUCGCGACGGCGGCGCUCACGACGCUGCUCAAGACUGGCCACGAGAGCGGAGUCGAGCGACUGACGAAGCAGAUCUCUUCGUUCACGAGUGAGGUUUCAGAUACAUUCAAAAUCGACGUCGUGAAGGCCGUGCUUCAACUGUGUCUCGCGUACCCAAACAAGUACGUGACGCUGACCAAUUUUCUGGCCUCGAAUCUCCGCGAGGAAGGCGGUGUUGAGCUCAAGACAUGCACCGUCGAAGCCUUGAUGACGGUCGUCGAGAAGAUUCCCCAGGCGCAGGAACUCGGCCUGCUGCAGCUCUGCGAAUUCAUCGAGGACUGCGAAUACGCCGGCCUCUGCACAAAGAUUCUCGCCUUCCUCGGCGAACAGGCUUCGACGACCGCGACCGCCUCGAAGUUCAUUCGCUUCAUCUAUAACCGUCUGAUCCUCGAGAACGCGGUCGUCCGCGCCGCGGGCGUCGACGCCCUCACGAAGAUCGCCUUCAACUGUCCCGAACUGCGGCCGGACAUUCUCGUCCUUCUCGAAGGUUGUCUCUCCGACAACGACGACGAGGUACGAGACCGCACGCAGCUGUACUACGCUGCACUGCAGAAGGCGAUGAGGCAGUCUCCGGAGGCUCCCGACGCACAAGCAGAUUUUCCAGGGACCUCGAAGCCGGAGUCCCUCCCCGUAGGUACCCCGACGACGGCUCUCUCCGACGACGUCCCUUCCGUCGAAGAGCUUCUCAGCACAGAGCCCCCUUUCGCCUUGGAGCUGCUGUGUGCAUCUCUGGAAAACUUUGUCGAGACGCAGACGGCGGUGGGCGCCGAAGACAUGCCUGCCUUUGACUUUACUGGCCUACCCUCCGAAGCCGCCUGGCAAGAGGAGCAGGCUCGCCGGCGCGAGGCCCUCGCCGCGAUGAAGGCCAGUGGCGCCGCGGGCGCGGGCCAACUGGCUCACACGAGAUCCGGAACGAGUCUCCAGGCGUACGACCACGGCGGGGACGAGGCGAGAGUCGAUGCCCCUGGCGCACAAAUGCGAGCGCCUUUGGGAUCGACUGCAAGCUCGAACGCCGUAGCUGUGCGAGAAGGCCAAGGCGUCGACGGCGGCGUUUCCGGCGCAGGCGCAGCGCCGACCGCGAUGAGUCGAGGCGCCGUGGAGGCGGAGCUGCACCGGGUGCUUGCGGGCCUCGUAGCGCCUGAGACUCUCGGCUCCCUGCUGAUGACGACGAAGGGGACGAUGCUGACGGAGAAGGAGGCAGAGUACGCCGUGGAAGUCGUGAAGCAUAUGUUUGCAGAGUUUCUUGUGCUCGAGUUCCGCGUUCGAAACACUCUCGAAGGACAAGUCCUCGAGAAUGUACUGAUGCGAGUUGCCCCACAACAGGGCGCCCCCUGGGCCGUCGUCGGCGGAGUGCCGAUCCCCGCGCUGGGACUGGAGCAAACGCUCCCGUGCUUCGUCCUUCUCAAGCGCCUGGGUGCUGGCGAGGGAGGCCAACGCGCUCAAAACGCAGAGACAGGAGCCUUGGCUGCGGUCUUGAGCUACAUCCUCAAAGAAGCAGGAGACGACAUCGGUUACGAAGACGAAUACCCGGUCGAACCUGUCGUGGUCACCAUUGGAAACUACAUCGCUCCGAAGGCUCUGCGUCAGGGGGAGUUCAAGGUGAUGUGGAACUCGCUGAGCAGCCCUCAAGGCGCGGAAGCUGUCGGGAAGUUUUGCCUGAAUUUCAGGAGCCUCGAGGCGGCAGUGAGCGGCCUGUUGACCAUGCUGAACCUUGCUCCCUGCGACCGCAGUGACUACGUAGAUCCUCAGAAAACAACGCAGACGCUCCUCUGCUCCGGAACCUUUCUCGGCGAGGCGUCGGUCCUCGCCACGGCCGUCGUCUUCAUGUCCCCGGACCACGGCUGCUUGUUGAAGCUCGUGGUGCGCUCGGACGACGUCUCUGUCUGCGAGGCCGUCCUGCAAGGUUUUGAAUAA